AUGUCUGAUGAAGUUUUUAGCACAACUUUGGCAUAUACAAAGAGUCCAAAAGUCACCAAAAGAACUACUUUCCAGGAUGAACUAAUAAAAGCAAUUACAGCUCGCUCAGCCAGACAAAGAAGUUCUGAAUAUUCAGAUGACUUUGACAGUGAUGAGAUUGUUUCCUUAGGUGAUUUUUCUGACACCUCAGUAGAUGAAAAUUCAGUUAAGAAAAAGAUUAACGAUUUUCAUAUAUCAGAUGAUGAAGACAAGAAUUCUCCAAAACUGUCUUUUUUGAAAACCAAGAAAUCAAUCAAUGAUGUGAGGAAAGAUGAGCCAGUAGUCUCUAUCAAACACGAUGCGAUGGCACCUGAUGGUGGUAAAGGCAUGAUUGUAAAUCCCUUAUCUGAAUCUCAAAAUAAACAAGAAGAAGUUGAAAAAGAGAAAAUUAAAAUGGAAACGAAACCUAUAAUUCUUCCAAUCAAAAGCGCAUCUUCAGAAAAUAACAGCAGCCUUGAAGCAGAGAACCACUUUAAGCCUUCACCUUGGCCAAGGAGCAUGUUGAAAAAGCACAGCCACAGGGAGGAGAAAGACAGGCUAGGAGAAGACAAAGACACUGCCCUCCAUGAAGAAUUAGAGGCAUAUUCUGUACCUUCAUUCCUCCCAAGGCUGAAUGGCAGACAACCAGAAGCUGAGAAAAAUGCAUUCUCUGAAAACCUUGACCCUGAGGAUGCAUGGUUAACAAGUCUAUCAUCAUCAUCCCUUAAAGAAAGUCUCGGAAAUUCCUCUUCACCAGUAUCUGGGGAAAAAUCCUCCAUUACAGAUCAGAAUGAAGAAUGCACUGAAAACCAUAAUUCCUUGAAAUCAAUUGAAAAUGAAGAGAACUCAGUUUUGAUAGACUUUGUUACUACACUUGAGAAACCUAAGGAAAGUCAAGUGACUGCUGAUGACCUUGAAGAAGAAAAGGAGAAAGCUGAACUGAUUAUGAAUGAUAACUUAACAGUUGAUGAUCCACCACGAUUUCAACUUCACAGUAUCUUAUGCACUGAGUCUGCAAAGAAAAUAAUUCAAGAUAGAAAUAUGAAGAAUAAAAAGUCAACAAAUAAUAGAGCAUCCAAUGCAUCUGGCAGAUUAGUGACCUCUGAGUUCUUAAGGAAACCUGGUUCUCUAAGGAGAACUCAGUUGACAGUUCCCACUUCUCACUAUUUAGGGACUUUGAGAGUCUUGGACCAAAAGCCCUCACAGAAACAGAGCACAGAACCUGACAGAGCAGAUAACAUAAGGGCAGCUGUUUAUCAGGAGUGGUUAGAAAAGAAAAAUGUUUAUUUACAUGAAAUGCACAGAAUUAAAAGAAUCGAAAGUGAACACUUAAGGAUUCAAAAUGAACAGAAAAGAGCUGCUAAGAGAGAAGAAGCCUUAGCUUCAUUUGAGGCCUGGAAAGCCAUGAAAGAAAAGGAAGCAAAGAAGGUAGCUGCAAGAAAAAGGCUUGAGGAAAAAACCAAGAAGAAAACUGAAGAAGAAAAUGCUGUGAGAAAAAGAGAAGCACUGCAAUCUUUUGAAAAAUGGAAAGAGAAAAAGAUGGAAUAUCUUAAAGAGAAAAGUAAAAAAGAGAAAGACUAUGAAAGAGCAAAGAAACAGAAAGAGGAGGAAACUGUUGCUGAGAAAAGGAAAGAUAACAUAACUGCUAUUGAAAAAUGGAAUGAAAAAAAGGAAGCUGUUUUCAAGGAAAAGGAAAAAGAGAAAAUAAAUGAGAAAAGAAAAGAAGAACUGAAAAGAGCUGAGAGAAAAGAUAAAGAUAAACAAGCUCUUGAUGAAUAUGAAAAAUGGCUGGAACAAAAAGAAAGGAAGGAAAGAAUUGAACGGAAACAAAAGAAACAUCAUUCCUUUCUUGAAAAUGAGGCACUUCCUCCAUGGAGCCCUCCAAGCAGAACUGUGUUCUCAAAAGUGUUUUGA